UGACGUCAUUACGCAGCAGACUACGCGGGCACGCAGGCGGUCAGCUGCCCGGCGGGACUGAGCCUGAGCCUCCAGCCCAUUAUCACACAUUUACACCCGCUAACACUCACACUACUGAAAACCCAAGAUCUCACACAGGUGUGAGAGCCCACCAUGGAAUGUGAAGUUUGAGGAACAGCCACCAUGAUUGGAGGACUGUUUAUCUACAACCACAAGGGGGAGGUCCUUAUCUCCCGGGUCUAUCGGGAUGACAUAGGACGGAAUGCAGUGGACGCGUUCCGGGUGAACGUGAUCCACGCCCGCCAGCAGGUGCGCUCACCUGUUACCAACAUCGCCCGCACCAGCUUCUUCCACGUCAAACGCUCCAACAUCUGGCUGGCUGCUGUGACCAAGCAGAAUGUCAACGCUGCCAUGGUCUUCGAGUUCCUCUACAAGAUGUGUGAUGUCAUGGCGGCUUACUUUGGCAAGAUCAGCGAGGAGAACAUCAAGAACAACUUUGUGCUGAUCUAUGAGCUGCUGGACGAGAUUCUGGAUUUUGGCUACCCUCAGAACUCAGAGACAGGAGCGCUGAAGACUUUCAUUACACAGCAGGGCAUCAAAGGCCAGCAUCAGACUAAAGAGGAGCAGUCCCAGAUCACCAGCCAGGUGACUGGUCAGAUCGGCUGGCGUCGUGAGGGGAUCAAAUACCGCCGUAAUGAGCUGUUCCUGGAUGUGCUGGAGAGUGUGAACCUGCUCAUGUCUCCACAGGGUCAGGUCCUGAGUGCCCACGUCUCCGGCCGCGUGGUCAUGAAGAGCUACCUGAGCGGGAUGCCCGAGUGCAAAUUCGGCAUGAACGACAAAAUCGUCAUUGAUAAACAGGGCAAGGGCGGAGCCAGCGAUGAUGCAGGGAAAAGUGAGUUAGGGGGAAGUGGAAAACAGUCCAUAGCCAUCGAUGACUGCACAUUCCACCAGUGUGUUCGCCUCAGCAAGUUCGACUCUGAGCGCAGCAUCAGUUUCAUUCCUCCCGAUGGCGAGUACGAGCUCAUGAGGUAUCGCACCACUAAGGACAUCAUUCUGCCUUUCCGGGUCAUUCCGCUGGUGCGCGAAGUCGGCCGCACCAAGCUGGAGGUGAAAGUGGUCAUCAAGUCCAACUUCAAGCCCUCACUGCUGGCCCAGAAGAUUGAGGUGCGCAUCCCGACCCCUCUGAACACGAGUGGAGUGCAGGUGAUCUGCAUGAAGGGGAAGGCGAAGUACAAGGCCAGCGAGAACGCCAUCGUGUGGAAGAUCAAACGCAUGGCUGGAAUGAAGGAGUCUCAGAUCAGCGCUGAGAUUGAGCUGCUGCCCACCAACGAUAAGAAGAAGUGGGCUCGUCCUCCGAUUUCAAUGAACUUUGAGGUCCCGUUUGCGCCGUCCGGUCUGAAGGUGCGCUACCUGAAGGUGUUUGAGUCCAAGCUGAACUACAGUGACCACGACGUGAUUAAAUGGGUUCGGUACAUCGGCCGCAGCGGCAUCUACGAGACGCGCUGCUGACCGGCCACUGGCCUGAGAGGACCAGGAGUCGCCUUCUGGCUCGCGUGUGUCUCGCCUCCCCUUUCAAGAUAUGUGGAUCAAUUAUAAACAUAAAAUUAAACAAACAUAAAAAAAAAUACAUACUGAAUUAUGCAAAAUGUGAAAUGUAUCCUGUCUGUCUGUAUGAGUGUAUUAUUAUUAUCCAAGAGGCCCAGCGUUCAGAGCAGGGAGGUGCGGUCUGGAGAAACAGCCACGGCCACAAAUUUCACUUUAAUCUUAAAUGUAUGUAGUGGAGCUAUGAGGCUAACUGUUAGUAGCUAAUGGUUACAGCAUGUUUAGCUUAUACACCAUUUGUUUUUCUCAUUAACAGAUGUUAUAAUGCUUCUUUUUUAUAUGAAUUAUGUCGCAAACAAGCACACACACUUAUAUACUGAUAUAUCCACCUCUACAGCCUAUAGCAGCUUUAAGCUUUAAGCUAAAGCUCAACAGCAAGUGUUUCUAACUUAGCUGGCUCUUAAACACUAAUUCACUAAUUCAGAACAAACAUAUUGGUCCUAAAGGCACAGUAACCCCACACAAAAAGCGUAUGUAUGGGUGGUUAUCUGGUGGUAAAAGAAAAAAUAAUGCUUUAAUUCAUAUCUUAUUAUUCUUAUCUUAUUUUGUAAGCCUCAUAGCUCCAGUGCAUCAUCAACAAGCUUUGGUGUGUGUGUCCUAUAGGCCACUAUAACCUUAGCAAGUUUCCAAAAGGCCUCAUGUUGAUCUAAACUGGAAUUAUGUGGCUGUUUCUCAAAGCAGGAUCUCCCGAUGAUUAGCCAGACAGCUUAAGCCCAGAGUCCAGAAAGCCUGUCCAGUAAGAGAAGAGGCGAGGACGUUUCUAUCAGAUGUUCUCCAGCUUUGGCUUAAGUUGUCCAGCUCCUCCAGGUCUCUCUGAGGUCGUUCAAGAGGUUCUACCACUUCUACCCAUAAUAUCUCACCCUCUUCAGUAGCUUACGUUCAUCUGUGGUGGUUCUCCGUUGGUCACUCUCGUAGUGUCUCUGAUCUCCUGCUCUGUAACAUGGUGACUGUUUAGUUCAGUAAAAAUAAAUAUAAUAGUAAACCUGUA